AUGACCACUAUCUCGGUUAACAGCUCAGCGGUAUCUACGGAUGGAGACUGCAUCAACGGUGACGCCAUCGCCUACAAUGUUGCCGUCUUCAUCAGUACCCUAUUCCUUCUUGAAUUUGGCGCCGAUAAAUUCGUCGACCAUACCGCCAUCGUCGCCCGUCGGACGGGAAUUCCAGACACAAUAAUUGCCCUGCUCACUGCCGGCGCAGAGUGGGAAGAGCUCGUUGUCGUUGUUGCUUCACUAGCGCAAGGUCGGCCCUCGCUAGCAGUGGGAAAUAUUAUCGGGUCAGCUAUCUCGAAUAUCCUCGGCGCUUUUUCACUUGGACUUUUGUUCCGUCCCACAGGCUCGCACAUUGAGUUUGACAGGAGCUCCCGGAUUUACUCGCUCUGCUUGCUUGUUAUCACCACCUUUGUCGUGCCAAUCAUUUACUUCUCCCAGAGGAUCAUCUGGUUGGUAUGUGGUUCUGUCUUGAUUGCGCUCUUCGCAAUCUACCUCAUCUCCAUAGGCUGGGCUAUCAGUCGAGGAAGCCUCACCGACCCCGAAGAUUCGGAUGACGAUAGCAGCGACGAUGAAAGCGACACAUUGUCGAUAGAAUCGACGCCCUCUGUCAGGAGCCCCCUCCUGCCGAGCCAUGAGCAGCGUGAGCCUGAGGAUAGGAACGAACUGGACCAGCGAGUGGGUGGCAGUCCUGAGGUGACCGGUGUCACAAAUGUGUCGAGCCAUCGAAGGAGACAAAGCCUUGGAUAUCAUGUCGGACUUCUGGUGCUCGGCUUCUUAGCCGUCUGUCUGGCCGGCUAUGUUCUCUCACACGCCGCCAUUAAUGUCACGGACGCUAUUGGCAUCUCCGAUGUGCUAUUCGGUAUUGUUAUUCUUGCUAUCGCCACCACGCUACCUGAGAAAUUUGUUGCUGUCCUGAGUGGUAACCGGGGCCAUGUAGGGAUUCUUGUGGCUAAUACCGUCGGGAGUAACGUCUUCCUCUUGUUGCUUUGCCUGGGCAUUGUAAUGGUUGAUACCUCUGGAAACAUUAAUGAGGGUAAUGUCAAGAUCCCUGAGCUAUGUAUCCUAUGGAGCUCUACGCUUGCGCUUACAAUAAGCGUAUGGUAUGGCGAAAGGUUUGAUCGUUGGAUUGGAGGAGCUAUGUUAUUCGGUUACAUUGUAUUUAUAGUCUUGGAGUUUACAGUCAUUGAUCACGUGGCCUAUUCUCUGUAG